AUAAGUUAUACCAAUAAAGUGAAAACUUACGUAAUAAAAAUAAUAGAACAACCUAUUUAAUAAAGGCAAAGAAAUUUACAUAAAAAUGAAGAACCUUCCGAAGCGAAAACUAAUUGUGAUGUCGUUAAUAUUCUUAGCGUCCAUAAACGCCGCUCGUUGCAAAAAUUCAACAGACGCAAACUAUCCGACUACAAAGGAUAAUAUCGAAGUGACAACAAAUGCGUCACCUGCCACUGAGCUGCCUUCGACACAAUCAAAUGACAAGCUAUUACACUUUACACUAACUCCGUUGAUUACCACUUCGAUAACAAAAGACGACGUAAACAGAACAAUAGAACGCGCGAGCAGCGAGAGCACAACGACCAUGCGGACCAAUACAAAGGCCCCAACAACAGCUAAAACAAAGAGUGUAACGAAAAGUGCAAGAAAGCAAAAGCUAAACACUACUUCUAGUGGUUUUAGUGGCGGCGCGCGUUCUCGGGCGCGCUUUCAAGAUCACUUGGGCGCCACAGACUGCGACCUGCCCCUACUGCCGCACGAGUCUCGCCUCUGGCGCGGCAACGAGACCCACGAACUCAAUUUGCCAGUAACGAUGUCGGAGGAGUGCGGAGCCGGGAGCCCGGGUGGGGGCGGAGGCGAGGAGGGCUGCCCCCCCAUGGUGGUAUCGUGGGAGGGCACCGCGGACAUCCAGAGCGGAGACAUCCUCAUCGUCCGCAUCGCCGACCCCCUGCUCCUCGACUCAGCACCUCACGUAGCCAACAACAAUGAAACUGAAGAUUCCAAUUCUAUCAAUGCAGCACAGAGAGCACACCGCGCCUCCGUUCAGCCCGCCGUGUACCAGGUGACGAGACAGGGACACCUGCACUGUGACGUCACCGACGGCAUGCUCCUCGAUAUCACGCCACUCGAUGAAAACGACGCCAAACUAUUCACUCUGUACGAUAAAGAUCUAACUGAGGGUGUCAAUUUGCUCAUAGUGGUAGCAGAGAACUGGGGAUCGCAGUGCGUGCGCCUGAAGGUGACUGUCAAGUCUGACAACUGCGGCGAGUCGCAGGAGUGUUCAGGGAACGGUGUGUGCUACACGAAUGUCUCUAUGGAGGGUUACGAAUGCCAGUGCUGUCGGGGGCACGCGGGGCCUCACUGCGAGGAGCGCGCCGCGUGCAGCCCCUCGCCCUGUCUUAACAACGGCAUCUGCGUGGAUCUUACGCAGCCGCUCAACGGCGCCAGCUACCACUGUCUCUGUCCUUACGGAUUUACCGGUAGAAAAUGUGAGAAGGAUCCUUGUUAUUCGGCGCCGUGUUCGAACGGGGGGUCGUGUAUGAGCAUGGCGGUCAACGGGUCGACGACGUUCCACUGCGCGUGCUCGUCGGGUUGGUCGGGCCCACAGUGCGAGCAGCCCGUCAGCAAGGCCUGCACCGCCAAGCCCUGCGCCCACGGCAUCUGCGUAGAGGAGAAGCAAGCCAACAACGGAAAGAACUAUCGCUGUUUCUGCGAGCCUGGGUAUACAGGCGAGCAUUGCGAGGUGGAGUACAAUGAGUGCGAGUCGUCUCCGUGUCUCAAUGGCGGCACGUGCACGGACCGCGUGGCCGGUUUCACGUGUGCGUGCGGCCGCGGGUACGCCGGCAACGCGUGCCAGCUUAAGGUGAAUCUGUGCUCGCCAAACCCCUGUUCGGAGAAUCACUACUGCGUGGACCGCGGCAACUCCUACACCUGCGAGUGCAUCGAUUGCAACAUCCCGCCCAGAUCGCCGUGCGACAACAAUCCGUGCGCGCACGGCGGCACGUGCUGGAGCAGCUCUAAUUCUUUCUACUGCUCCUGCCGUCCAGGAUACACGGGGAAACUUUGCGAAGAGGACUUUAUUCUGGAACCGGUGGUGGAGGGUGAGGUUGGUGAGAUGGGCGUGGGAGAGGCAGGUAUGCGGUCGGAGGGGCGCGCAGGCGGCGUGCGAGAGCUGCGUCUCCCGCUCGGCCUCUACCACGACCGCCUGCACAAUGUCUACAUCGCUGCCGGCACGCUCGGCGCUGCCAUUGCUAUUGUUGGAGUCGUCGUAACAGCAUGCCACUGCCGCGUGAAUAAAACAUACGCGCGUCUGCUGUCGCGUUUGUCGCGCGUGACAGAGGGCGGACCGCCGCACCACUGGCUGCAGGAGAAGCGCGGGUCUGCGCCCCCCGCCGCGCCGCCCGCCGCACCCCUCGACACUGCUGACAUGUACUACACACUCGACUUCAGCGACAGCCAGAGCUCGCCUCUCAUACAAUAGCCAUCACUCCUGAACUGCUCCGACGGGGAGCGGUUCAAGAUUCAAAUAUAAUGUUCAGUGUACAACUACUAUUACUUCUCGCUACUAAACUAGCACCGGCCCUAGAGUCAAGGUAGCGCAAGAUUGUCUUGGUCUACGCUUUCACUUUACCAAUCAAUUUACGUUAUAUUUUUAUUAAAUUAUAUAUUUCCUUGUAAUUGUUGUCCGCAUUUGCCAUUAUGGCGUCCACUGGCACUUACGCUCUACCUCAGGGCCGCUGCGAAUGGAAUCGAAUCGCUUUAUCAUGUAAUUACACUGUGUUCGUGUGUCUAAAUAUUGUUGGUGUUUUUAGUCUUUACGUCAAGGUUAGAUUU